GCGAGCGAGCGAGAGAGAGGGCCUUCAGCGGGCGGGCGGCAUGGAGGAGAAGGCGGCCAAGGAGGAGGGCGAGGCCGAGAUCCAGGAGCUGCACGGGCCCGAGCACUGGUUCAGCAAGUGGGAGCGGCAGUGCCUGGCCGAGGCCGAGCAGGACGACGACGGGGCCCUCCCGCCCGAGCUGCAGGACGACGACGAGGCCGCCGCCGCCGCCGCCUCCCCGCCGCAGCCCGAGCACAAGCAGCAGAAGCUCUGGCACCUCUUCCAGAACUCCGCCACCGCCGUGGCCCAGCUCUACAAGGACCGUGUCUGCCAGCAGCCCGGCCUUUCCCUCUGGGUCCCCUUCCAGAAUGCAGCCACCGCAGUCACCAACCUCUACAAAGAAAGUGUGGAUGCCCAUCAGCGGAGCUUUGAUGUCGGAAUCCACAUUGGCUACCAGCGGCGCAAUAAGGACGUGUUGGCUUGGGUUAAAAAGCGCAGAAGAACGAUUCGCCGAGAAGACUUAAUCAGCUUCCUGUGCGGGAAAGCUCCCCCGCCCCGAAACUCUAGAGCUCCCCCAAGACUGACUGUAGUAUCCCCUAACCGAGCGACUUCGGCAGAGACGAGCUCUUCCGUCGAGGCGGAUUUGCAGCCCUUCCGGGAAGCCAUUGCUCUCCAUGGUCUGAGCGGGGCAAUGGCCAGCAUCAGCGUCCGCUCGAGCACCCCGGGCUCGCCCACCCACGUGAGCAGCGGCUCCAACGGUAGCCGGAGGAGAAACGGACUCCAUGACGUUGACUUGAACACUUUCAUAUCCGAAGAAAUGGCCCUCCACUUGGACAAUGGCGGCACUAGGAAGCGUACCUCAGCCCAGUGUGCAGACGGCAUUACGGACUCUCCGACUCAUAAACGCAAUCGUAUGAUCUAAACGGCAGAGCCCCCCCCUCCCCUCCCCCACCUCGGCCCCUCCUCCCUCCCCUGCCCGCCCCCGCCGUGCUGCUUGAAAGCCACUCCCCCUUGUCAGCGUUGCGCUGGGACAGAGAAAUACUGGCUCCCUCUUGCGGCGCCACACAAAUUUUUCAAUAAUUGCCAUAAAAAAAAAAAAAAGGAAAGCUGGUGCACCAAUCCUGGGGUUGUCUCCCCAGCUUUUCUCAAAUUUAGAUUCUGUAGCAGAGGACUUCCGAUGUCGUGUAGUGGCUCACAAGCUCAUCGCAGGCCGAACGUGCGUCCGUUCCAAGGCUAAAAGUGACCUUACUUGUACUUGCAAAGGGAAAAAAAAAGGAAAUAUCAGACUUUUAUUUGGUUAUAGAAAUGCUUUUUUUUUGUCCUUUAUUUCUUGCCAUGUUUAAAUAUUUGCUUCGACAGUAUUGCCAUCUUGACAACAGUGUCAAAACGAGAAAUAACAUGACGUGGCGUUUUAAGACCUGCGGGCUUCCUUUUUUUUUAUUAUAUAUACAUUUUGUUUUCCUUUUAAGGCUCUGCUGGGCACAGAAAUUCUAUAUAUUAAGUGUGCAAGUUUAUGAUUAGCAUUGGCCUGUGCUGUUACUUUUUUUUUUUCUUCAAGUGUCCAAAGCAGUCUGGCGGCUGUGUUGUCAAGUCACAAGGCGGGGCGGGGGUUCGAUCCAGGGCCCUGCCCCAAACUGAAAUGGAAAGGAACUUUUGUUGGGUUUGUUUGGGCCGUGGGAGAGCCCCGAUCCCUUCUUCCCCAGAGACCACCUUAAAUUGGGUUUUGCCCACCAAUUUGCCUGUCUACCCGGAGUGUCCUGUAGAGGACAGGUGGUCUUUUUUGGUCCUGCAGGUAAUGUAUAUUGUUUGAAGGAGUUUCUUGUUGUACACUUCCUGUGAAGAAAUGAUCUGUGCGGAAAGAGUGGAGGAAAAUCAGAGGGGUGGGAGGAGGUUGUUUAGUUUUUUAAAAGAAAAGGAUGUUGGAUGUGUUUGUCCACUAUGAUGGAUGUGAUUUUUGGGCUGCUCGAGGAAACUUUGCCUGAAUCGCCGAACCCCUCCGGUGCAGACUUUCCCCACGAGGCUGAAGCUAGCUGUGGGGGAGGGGGGUCCCCAGAAGUGCCACAUGAGAAAUGCCCCCUGGAGAGGUCUCGUCAGGUACCGGAGAGAUCAAACCGCUUUGUGGAAAUCUCAGGUUCACCGUAGCCUGGAGAGGAAGCCUGAAAAGAUGGCAAAGGGUGCUCCGUGCUAUGAACUCAAAACCAAGAUUCCUGAAUGUACCAGACGCUCUUAAUGUCAAAAUACUUGGUGCACCUGUAGGCGAAAUAAACCUUGACUCGCUAUCCUCUGGUGGACGAGGUUUGUUGAGGCCAGCUCUGUGCGAGAGCUCGCGUUUCUCCGCCUGCCGCGGAAGAAGAACCCAGCUGCAGAAGAGCGGCUCGGCUGCACCCAAGACCCAGGUUCCGUUUUCCCUGCCGUUGCCGAAUCUCGGCCCGCCUCCUCUCUCUAGAUGCUUGAGCUGGUUUUCGGCCUCGGCUUGAACGUCAGCUGACCAGGCCGGCUAGAGCACGGCAGGUAGCGGUGGUGAAGGGCUAGCUGAAAACCCAUUUUUGCCCUUUGGGGCAGGCGGGCGCAGAUCUUCCUUGUCGGCAGCAGGUUUCCCUGUUCUAUUUGAACUGGGUCUCUUGCGAUGAAAAAGAACUCUCCGUCGGCCUCAAACCAUCUGCAGAGGAAGAAGCAGGGAGUCCAAAACAGGAAGCCCUCAGGUUCCGGGCCAUGUAGCCUCGGGAUGCCCCAGAGCUUUGGGUUCUUUCCCCUGCCCCCCCCCCAUCAGAAGCGUCUGGGUUGCAAGGCCAGCCGUUUGGCCAACUGAGAAUGUGCCCUUCAAGAGGCGUCUUGCUCCCCCCCCCGCCCCGGUAGAGCUUUUGAAGCAUCUGCUUAAGUAGCUUCUGGAGUCCCUGAAACACGUUUGUGGUGCUGUAGCUGCAGGUUGACAGUUCACAAAACCAUGUUGGCUUCCCCCCCCCCUCCCCCAAGCCCAGUCUUGAAGAAGUCUGAUCUGGCGUAGCCUCAGUCGAACGCCAAGGAUUGCCAACGCGCAUACAGUUUGUGGCCUCGAGGGCCACCAGGCCGACUUCUGUGGGAGAUUUCGUUUCCUUUUGCGUGCCGCCUAGAACUGCUGUCCGGCCUUCUGAGAUUUUUGCACUUAACGGCCGGCACGCCCGGCAGGGCCUCAAAGUCACAGCAACAAAUAGACAUGAUCUUCUCCAGUCGAACUUCGUAGCUAGCAUAGGAGGGGGCUUAAACCCAGAAACGCAAACCGUGGCCAGGCCAGACGCUGUGCCUCGGUACCAACUUGGCCCGGAAUGGACAGACGGGCACGCAGUGAUGACAAUGUUUGCCGCUCCCGUGCCCCCUCCCCCCCCCGCCCCCCCGAAUCGAAUUAGUAGGAGUAUGUUUGUACAGAAUUAGUAGGAGUAUGUUUGCUUUAUGCAACUCCACUGAGCGCUGGCCAGGAUCAAUCCUCGGCGGGGUUGGACUCGCUGCUCCAAGGUGAACGGAACGGGCCCCGGCCUGUGAUGCUGGACGGGGAGGACUUGGGGGUGUUUUUUUUGGUCCGUGGCUGAAUUAAAACUCCCGAAAGAGAUCACCCCAGCGCUUGACGCAGAGUUUCCCCUUCCGACGUAGGAAAUACUAAAAGUUCUUCACUAAUGCUUUGAUGCUUUGCUUUUGGCCUAACUCCUUUGGACAAAAGUUCCUCCGGUGUUUGCUUAUUUUUUUUUUAUUUUUUAACCCUCCCAGGUGCCAUUUUUCUUCCGGUUAAGAGAAGAGCGAGCUUUUGAUACUCUAGCUGCACUAAUGGGAUGUGUGCGUGUGUGUGUGUGCUCGCGCGCGUCAUAAGCAAAAUUUCUUUCUGACAGCUUUUUUUUUUUUGUCAACUCGUGCAGCCCUCCCCCCUGACUUUGACUUUACGGGGGAGUUUCCCCCGCUCCCUUGAGUGGGCGGUGGGUGACGUCCGUGUUUUCAGGGUAGCAGAUUUCCGUCGGUCACCCUCCAACUGUGACUUUGGAAAGGCUUCUGUUAAGACAUGUGCGUUGAGCUUUGGGGGGUCGGGCUGGAAUGGCGGGGGGGGGGGGGUUGUUUCUGUUUUCAUUUUGAGUUGGGUGAAUGCCUACUUUGGUGACCUUCCUCUUCUCCCCCUUUCCCCCCCCCCCCCGGUGUAAACCAAACUUAACAUGAAUGUGGGGAAGAUAUUACAGAUAAUAUAUCCUGCAUUGACGCUGAGCUUGGCUUGCAUAUUAUUAAAAAUUCAAUUUAAAUAUUAAAAAAAAAACACUUGAGCUAUAGUGAAGUAAUGCAAAAGCUGACUUUUCUUCCCCCCCCCCCCUCCCUUUGUCUGAAACUGAACUCCUGCAAUUCCUCAAAUGUGACUUACCUGCUGGAGAAAUAGAUACCUUUUUAAAACCCUAAUAAAACACAAAAUUUAAAAAAAAAA